AUGAAAACUCAAGCAAGAGCUUCAAAGCAAACCAUAAAAGCAAACGCUUGUGACCGGAUCAAAGACGACGCAGAGUUGGUGUGCUUCAAAUGUGGGAUCAAAGGCCACCAUGCAAAAUCAUGUCGACAAAAGACAUGGUGCAGUCAGUGCAAAACUGACACGCACAAAGACACCACUUGCAGAUGCAAGGACAAACCGGACAGAGCGAGAAAAAUUGCUGAAGAUGGAGAUUCUGACUUUGCGUUCAAGGUGAGAGAUGAACAGCCCAACAACAGGCGGCAGGAUACACAUAGCAUCCGGGAACAAGGCCUGAUGGUGGACACGGGAGCGACAUCUCAUAUCACUAACGUGACCAAAUUCAAAAGCUUCCAGGAGAAGUUCAAACCAGAGAACUACAGCGUCGAGUUGGCAGAUAGUACCAAGUGCAGUGGAGUCGCACUUAAAAGAGGAGAUUUAGAGUGCUACCUGAUCGACAACAGAGGACAGCAGCGCAAGGCAGCACUCAGAAACGCACUCUUCAUACCAUCGUACCCACAAGACAUCUUUUCGGGGAAAGCAGCAACAUCGAGUGGAGCCACGGUACUUUUCAAAGAAGACGUCACUGAAGAAGAUCUUCACCCUGUGAAGCACGAUCCCCCCUACGUUAUACAUGAGGAGGAGGUUGAGAUGCCUUACAUCAAACAAGAGGUGGAACCAGGGACACCCUACAUUAAAGAAGAAAAACAAGAAGAUGAAAUUACCAAUUUUCCAAUGAUCGUCAGUGUGAAAAGUGAAGAGGAUGAAGGCCUAAGCGAAGAGAGCGGAGCAGCGAAACCUUCGAGCCACAGCUCAUUUCAACACGUGACAACAAAAGACAUCACAGUGCAAGAUCUUUACGCUGCGAAGCACGAUCCCCCCUACGUCAAACAGGAGUCGGAGAGGCCGUAUAUCAAGCAGGAGGCGGAGCUAGAGCCCCCCAGCAUUAAAAAAGAAAAACAGGAAGAUGAAAUCACCAAAUUUGCAAAAACUGUCAGCGUGAAGAGUGAAGAAGAUCCAAGCGAAGAGAACGGGGCAGCGAAACGUUCGAGCGACAGCUCAUUUCAACACCUGACAACAAAAGACAUCACUGUAGAAGAACUUCACCCUGAGAAGCACUAUCCCGCCCACGUUAAGCUGGAGGAGGAUUCGGUGAUGCCCUAUGUCAAACAGGAGGCGGAGCCAGAGACACCGUACAUAAAAGAAGAAUACAAGGAAAAUGAAAUCACCACGUUUCCAAUGACUUUCAGUGUGAAGAGUGAAGAAAGUGAAGGUCCAAGCAAAGAAAGCGAAACAGCGCAACAUUUGAGCGACUGCUCAUUUCAACACCUGGAACCAAAAGCUGGAAAACGCUGUUAGGCAAGGGAAGACGACUUGUAAGUUGAUGAUGGACAUAUAUCGAGACUACGUGCGUUCUACUUUAAAGAAUGGCGGCUCGACUCCCGGGGGCAGCCGAGAGAGAGGCAGGGGCUGGGACAGAUGGUGGUUCGCCGAGGUCUACCUACGAACUUUUUAACUCUAGCAUCUUUAAGAUACGCUAUUGGAGCUGGAAUUACCGAGGACAGCUGUUUAAUGUUUAAUUUUUUUUUUUUUCUCUCCUGUUCAAAAGUUUUCCUCCCCCAGAAAAUUGAGAUUUUAAGCUUUCCAAUGCUGUAUCACGCAUGCAUAUCAGACAAUUUUUAAAUUUGGCCAAAUUGGGGGUGGAACUUCAAGGAUAUAUAUAUAUAUAUAUAUGGCCGAUUCGCGGUUAAUGCGGACCAGAACCCGCCGUGAUAAGUGAUACAUUUUUUUUUUGUGUGUGUACAAUGUAAUUAUUCAGAUUUAGCAUUGGAAAAGUAGUAUUUUAAAAAUAUACAUAUUUAGAUAUACUGUCUUGUAAUGUUUUUUUUUUUUGUAUACACAUGCACAAUCAUGUGCAAGUUCUCCUACUUGAAAAGAUAAGAGAGGCUUGUAAUUUUUGUCAAUUGUCAACAUGGGUAAACCUCAACCAUGAGAGACAGAUUGUGGGGAAAAAAAAAAAAGAAAAUAACAUUGUUUGAUUUUUAAAGAAUUUAUUUGCAAAUCAUGGUGGAAAUAAGUAUUUGGUCAAUACUUUGUUAUGUACCCUUUGUUGGCAUUAACAAAGGCCAAACAUUUUCUGUAAUUCUUCACUCUUCGCUUGGUGUAAAGAAAUCAACUGUGGGAACAAUUAUUAGAAAAUGGAAGACAUACAAGACCACUGAUAAUCUCCCUCAAUCUAGGGCUCCAUACAAGAUCUCACCCCGUGGCGUCAAAAUGAUAACAAGAACGGUGAGCAAAAAUCCCAGAACCACACGGGGACCGAGUGAAUGAUCUACAGAGAGUUGGGACCACAGUAACAAAGGCUACUAUCAGUAACACAAUGCGCCGCCAUGGACUCAAAUCCUGCACUGCCAGAUGUGUCCCCCUGCUGAAAACAGUACACGUCCAGGCCAGUCUGCGGUUCGCUAGAGAGCAUUGGGGUGAUCCAGAGGAGGACUGGGAGAAUGUGUUAUGGUCAGAUGAAACCAAAAGAGAACUUUUUGGUAGAAACACAGGUUCUCGUGUUUGGAGGAGAAAAAAUACUUAAUUUCACCAUACCCACUGUGAAGCAUGGGGGUGGAAACAUCAUGCUUUUGGGCUGUUUUUCUGCAAAGGGACCAGGACAACUGAUCUGUGUAAAGGAACAAAUGAAUGGGGCCAUGUAUCUAGAGAUUUUGAGUGAAAAUCUCCUUCCAUCAGCAAGGGCAUUGAAGAUGAGACGUGGCUGGGUCUUUCAGCAUGACAAUGAUACCAAACAAACAGCCAGGGCAACAAAGGAGUGGCUUUGUAAGAAGCAUUUCAAGGUCCUGGAGUGGCCUAGCCAGUCUCCAGAUCUCAACCCCAUAGAAAAUCUGUGGAGGGAGUUGAAAGUCCGUGUUGCCCAACGACAGCCCAAAAACAUCACUGCUCUAGAGGAGAUCUGCAUGGAGGAAUGGGCCAAAAUACCAGCAACAGUGUGUGAAAGGCUUGUGAAGAGUUACAGAAAACGUUUGGCCUCCGUUAUUGCCAACAAAGAGUACAUAACAAAGUAUUGAGAUGAACUUUUUAUUGACCAAAUACUUAUUUUCCACCAUGAUUUGCAAAUAAAUUAUUUUAAAAAUGUGAUUAUAUGGUUUUUUUUUCUCCACAUUCUGUCUCAUGGUUGAGGUUUACCCAUGUUGACAAUUACAGGCCUGUAAUAUUUUCAAGUGGGAGAACUUGCACAAUUAGUGGUUGACUACUUAUUUGCCCCACUGUAUGGCGAAAAACACUCAGGUGACUUGAACAAGACAAUUUUGUGUUUUCACUCAAAAGUCACACUUUUAUUUUUAAAAUGGGUUUCAAAAUGAAUGGAAAAUAAAUUCAAGACAUUGACAAGGUUGGAAAUAAGGAUUGUUAUUUUAAAUAAUAAUGUUCUCCUUCAAACUUUGCUUUUAUCAAAGAAUGCUCAUUUUGCAACAAUUACAGCUUUCCAGACCUAUGGUGUACUAGCUGUUAAUUUGUUGAGAAGAAGAGCGAGAAGAUAAGAGAAACUUCAAUCCACGCUUCCAGAGGCACCUCCCACAAGUUGGAUUGGCUUGAUGGGCACUUCCUCCGUACCAUAUGGUCAAGCUGCUCCCACAACAGCGCAAUGGGUUGGAGAUCUGUUGACUGUGCUGGCCACUCCAUCACAGAUAAAAUACCAGUUGCCUGCUUCUUUCCUAAAUAGUUCUUGCAUAAUUUGGAGGUGUGCUUUAGGUCACUGUGAUGGUGAUGAUGUACAUAUAUCAGGUUUGUUAAAGAUAUGCAAUGUUUUCACACCCUGAGCAAGGUACUGCACUAACUUUCGCUUUUGAGCAGCAGAGAGAUGGUUUUUCUUCCCCAAAUUGUUUGAAACGUCGUGCUUAAUAUUGUGGAACAUCACUUUUAAGCAGUUUUCCUCUAAUUGGGCUCACCUAGGAGACAAUUUAUCACACGUCUGAGAUCGAUAUCCUUGAUCUACAGAGCCUUGAGACACAAUGCCACUCACGGGUUUAAUGGAAAAACAUUUUGUUUUUAAUAAUGAAAUUUGUAUAAUAAUUCAGAACACAGUGUAUACAGUACAGGCCGACGGUUUGGACACACCUCAUUCAGUGAAAUAAAUGAUGAUCCCAACCUGCUUAAGAAAGUUAGAAAUUCAACCAAUUAACCCUUAUAACUGGCAUACCUGCGAGGUAAAACCAAUUUCAGGUGACUACCUCUUGAAGCUCAUCGAGAAAAUGCCAAGCAUGUGCAAAAUGUAAUCCGAGAAAGGGUGGCUAAUUUGAAGAAACUAGAAUAUAAAACGUUUUCAUUUGUUGUACCUUUUUAAAAGAUAAAUUCAUAACUAUACAUGUUCAUUCAUAGUUUUGAUACCUUCACUGAGAAGCUACAAUGUAAAUUGUCAAAUAAAAGGCAUGUGGAAGAAGGUGUGUCCAAACUUUUGGCCUGUACUGUAUGUAUUUUAAAUAAUGUAAAUGCAUUAUCACAAUAUUAAUAAAAACUAAAUUACUUCAAAAUACACGAGCUAAAAAAAAUAGUUAAAAAAAAAAAAAAAAAACGUAAAUCAGUAAUGAACAAAAAUAUUAAAUCGUAAUAAUAAUAGUGCUGCAACAAUUAUUAAUUUGAGUCAUUUGAUUAGAAAGCUUCAAAUCAAAUUUGGCUGCUUUGAGUAUUCAAUUAGAGUGGCGUUGUAAUGGUUUGUUAGGAAAAUGUUUGCAUUUAGUUUUAUUGAUUUGGGUGGAAAAAUGCCCUCAAGUAGCAACAUUGAAUAUAACACUCAUUUAACAUGGCUGAAUCCAGUUGCUCCCUGUUAAGACCAACAUAAGGUAAGUUUUUGUCUGGGC